AGAUAAUGAAAUAAAUUUAGACAAAUUGAAUGCUACUAAAAUUAAUCUACAAAAUGAAUUACUAGAAGAUUUUAGUGAAAAAAUGUCCUCCGAAGAUGAAGACAAACUAAGGGAAUUAAGUGCAUCAAUUAAUGAGCUAUCACAAAAAUAUAAAAAGAUAUUCACUGAAUGCAAUGCAUUGGAAACAGAAAAAAUAAGAUUAUCAAAUUUAUUAGAUAAUAAUUUAAUUCGUCAGAGAGAUAUGAUGGUGCAAGAGUUGAAUCAAAUUUCAAUACAAAAAGAAGAACAAAUGUUAAAAGCUAAAGAAAAACGUUUAGUUGACGUUAAGAAGAAGAUUGACGAAAUAAUUACCGAUAUUGUUCAACAAAAAAACAAAGUUGCUUCGACAUUAGAAAUGUAUAAAUCUCAAUCUUUGAUAAUCGAAAAUACGAUAAUUACUGAGAAUGAAAAUUUGAAUAAACAAAAAGAAGAAAACGAUAGGAAAUUGGAGAAAUUCAUGUCAAAGAUCAAAUUAGUAAAAGAAAAUAUAGAAACUAUUUUAAAAAAGAGGGAUGAACUGGGAACAAUUCCUAGUCACGAAUUAUAUCAAAAGUAUUAUCACUCUAAAACUGAAAACUUGUUCAAAAUUCUUGAGAAAACUAAAAAUAGCUUAAAAAAUUACAGUGACAUAAAUCAAAAAGCUUUGGAACAAUUUGAAGAAUUUACUAACCGAAGAGAUGAAUUAAAAGUUCGGGUAGAAGAGUCACUUCACGAAUACAGUAAAAUCGAAGAAUUAAUAUUCGCUCUUCAACAAAGAAAAGAUGAAGCAAUAGCGCUAACAUUUGAUCAAGUCGGCAAAAACUUCAGUGAAAUAUUUAAUAAAUUAGUUCCGAUGGGUAGAGCUGAACUUGUUAUGAAAACUAGUAAUUUAACACAUGAAUCUGUAAAUUCUUCUGUAACAGAUUCCGAAAUAACAGAGCGUUACGUAGGAAUUGAUGUUCAAGUUACCUUCACUGGCAGAGCUGAUGAAACUACUGAAAUGGAACACUUAUCUGGAGGUCAAAAAUCGUUGAUAGCCCUUGUUCUAAUUUUUGCUAUUCACAAAUUUCGUCCAGCUCCAUUUUAUUUAUUCGAUGAAAUAGAUCAAGCCCUCGAUACUGAAUAUAGAAAAGCAGUAGCCGAGAUGAUCCACGAAUUGAGUCAUAAUGCCCAGUUUAUCACCACUACAUUCAGGCCUGAAUUGCUGCAGCAUGCAAAUAAAUUUUAUGAAAUAACGUAUCGUAAUAGAAUAUCAUCGAUACAAGUUAUUAGUAAAGAAUCAGCUGAGCAAUUUAUAGCUAAUGAUGAAAUGGAGUGAGGAAAGUGAUUUAAU